CCUCCCGCAGUCGCUCGGAACUGCAGAUCCGGAGCUGUCUGCACAGGACCUGCGUUGGGAGCUGAGUGGGUCGGGCGGGGCCGAGCCAGGCCGUGGGCCGUGCGGGGUCCGGGCCGGCGGACGGCGGGAUGGGGUGCACCGUGAGUGCCGAGGACAAGGCGGCGGCCGAGCGCUCCAAGAUGAUCGACAAGAACCUGCGGGAGGACGGCGAGAAGGCGGCGCGGGAGGUGAAGUUGCUUCUGUUAGGUGCUGGUGAGUCGGGGAAGAGCACCAUCGUCAAACAGAUGAAGAUCAUCCAUGAAGAUGGCUAUUCAGAGGAGGAGUGUCGGCAGUACCGGGCGGUCGUCUACAGCAAUACCAUCCAGUCCAUCAUGGCCAUCGUCAAGGCCAUGGGCAACCUGCAGAUUGACUUUGCCGACCCCCUCCGUGCGGACGACGCCAGGCAGCUGUUUGCACUGUCUUGCACUGCUGAGGAGCAAGGCAUGCUCCCUGAGGACCUGUCCGGCGUCAUCCGGAGGCUCUGGGCUGACCAUGGUGUGCAGGCCUGCUUCAGCCGCUCAAGAGAAUACCAGCUCAACGAUUCAGCUGCCUACUACCUGAAUGACCUGGAUCGAAUUGCACAGAGUGACUACAUCCCCACACAGCAGGAUGUGCUGCGGACCCGUGUGAAGACCACGGGUAUUGUGGAAACACACUUCACCUUCAAGGAUCUACACUUCAAGAUGUUUGAUGUAGGUGGUCAGCGGUCUGAGAGGAAGAAGUGGAUCCACUGCUUCGAGGGUGUCACAGCCAUCAUCUUCUGUGUAGCCUUGAGUGCGUAUGACUUGGUGCUAGCUGAGGAUGAGGAGAUGAACCGCAUGCAUGAGAGCAUGAAGCUGUUUGACAGCAUCUGUAACAACAAAUGGUUCACGGACACAUCCAUCAUCCUCUUCCUCAACAAGAAGGACCUGUUUGAGGAGAAGAUCACACACAGCCCGCUGACCAUCUGCUUCCCAGAGUACACAGGAGCCAACAAGUAUGAUGAGGCAGCCAGCUACAUCCAGAGUAAGUUUGAAGACCUGAAUAAACGCAAAGACACCAAGGAGAUCUACACACACUUUACGUGUGCCACCGACACCAAGAACGUGCAGUUUGUGUUUGAUGCUGUCACCGAUGUCAUCAUCAAGAACAACCUGAAGGACUGCGGCCUCUUCUGAGGGGCAGUGGGCCUGGCAGGAUGGGCCACCGCUAACUGCUCCUACAGCCCCUGAGGAAGAUGGGGCCGAGAAGACCACGCUCCCUGCCUGUCCCCCUGGCUGCUUCUCCCCUCUGUCUUCUUUGUUCUCAGCUCUCCUGUCCCCUCCCUCAGCUUCAGACUCAGGGGAAGGGUGGCCACAGGCCUCUGUUUGAAACCUGCCUGGUCAGAGGUACCAGGAGUGGCUGCGAUGCCCCUUCCUGGGCAUCUGUUCUAGUUUUUUGACCAUUGUCUUACUCUGUGGGGGGAGGAGAGCACAUGCCAAGUCUCCUAAGGCCUGUGUCUGGAGGGGACCCACUUCUCCAGCCUGACCCCUGGCUUUGCCCAGCACCAGCCCUGACCUAGCCCAAGUCCAAAUGUUUACAAGGGAGCCUCCUGCCCUCCCCGCCCCCACCACUGCUCGGAGGCCCCAAAGGAAAAAGCACAAGAAGCGUGAGAUGCCACCAUUCCUGGAGACCACAAGUCCACCUGCUCAUUCUCAUAGCUUUUUAAAAAAAUGAAAGUAAAGAAAAAAAAAAAAAAACUGCAAACUUAGAAACUUUCUAGAGAAAAUCUAUUUAAAACUGUCAGAUCCUGACCAGCACCCACCUGACCCCCAUUCCAGUGAUUCUGUGCCUUGAGUGUGUCUGCGUGUUUACACCUGUCCCUCUGCUGGCUGCCCCACAUGGGUGGCACCCUUGCCCUGUGCUCUGCAGAAAUGGGUUCCAAGGGCUGUUCUAGACAACUGCCAAUGUCACUGAGGGCCCCACCUAGCGGCCCUGGGCCCAGGCUCCAUUAACCCAAAUGUAGCUCCUUAGCGCUAACCUAGGAACCACCGCUGCCUGCUGAGGGGCCCAGCCCCUCAUGCCCUUGCCCCAGGCUUGGGUCCUUCAGCGUUGAACACUUCCUUGCUUUUUUCACAUGUUUUAUGGAAUUGUUCACAUGGUUUGAAAUAAUAAAAUGUAGAAAGAAAAAAAUACCAAGAA